UAUAUAUAUAUAUUUCAUUUGCGUAAGCAUUCAUUUUCAAGAAGUUACUAGUUAGAAGAAGACUACUAGUUAGACGGAGAAAGAGACCAAUCCUAAAUCUACGUCAGAGGCGGAGGCCUAUCCCAGUCGAGCAUGUAUUGGAAUGGUUGUGAGUUGCUGCACGCUUAACGUUGUGCUCGUGUGUUGAAGUGGCGGUGUUUCGGAGUUUGUGUUUGUGCUAUGAGGUGGUGAACAUAUGUGCUGCUAUUAAAUUACGUGACAUUUCUACUGAAGUAGAAUGGAGGACGAAAUGGAGCAGAUUAUUCGCAAUCUCAAAGCAUGUUUAGUGUCUGUCAAAGGAGGAAUACCAUUACCCUGCCUGGACAGAGACUUCAAAGUGCUCAUAGGACACUCAAUUCCCUUUCGGAAAUUAGGGUUUGAUUCCUUAGAACAAUUUCUAAGAAGUAUUCCUGAUGUUUCUAUUUCUAAAAAAAAUGGGGAAACUAUUGUGGCUGUUUUGCCAAGUAAAAACACAGAACAUCUGGCUUCUCUUGUUGCAAGGCAGAAAAGUGCCCCUAAGAAAGUUAGGGCACCUGUUCGGAUGGGUCCACGACGUACAGCUGCUCAACAUUGGAGGCCGCCUCCUACAUUUAUGAGGCCUCCAAAACCAGUAAAACGUAAUUUUACAUCUCCUCGACCUCAUCUAUCUGUAACUUUUUCUCAAGGACAAUCAAUCUCAAGACCACCAAGACAAGUUGAUUUGUUCUAUGAACAGAAACAUCAUUAUACUUGUGAUUUUGGGGCAGGUGAAGAAAAUUUGGUGAGAUGUGAUAAUGAAAAAUACAAUCCACAGUACCAUGAGAUUGCUGUCAAUCAGGAACCAUCAGCAUCUCCUCGAGAGACAAAUUCGAAUACUUACGAAAAGCCUCCUAGGUUUAUGCGAAUGCCUUCUAGAGAAGGUAUGGCCAACAAUUCUGGUAUGUCAGUGGAACCACAAUCAAUGAUGCCCCGCAUAUCUAUUCCUUCAGUGAAUGAGAAUGCAUAUCCUCCACUUCAGUCUCCAGUUGUUGAUGGAAUACAAAGUAUUGCUGAAUUGGAGGCCCAAGUUCAUCAGCUGUCUUUGAACUCAAAUCAGCCUUCAAGUGCAUUACAGGCACGAUUACAAAAGCUCCAAGUACCAAGUGUAUUUCCUCUGGCAGAUCAUUUUGUGACAACUCUACCUAGGAUUUCAGAAGAGCCAGACUAUGAAAAGGAGUUAAGGGAGUUGACCCGUUCCUUAGGUUUGGGCCUUCCAGUUUAUACAGCUGUACCUCGCUUUCCCAAAGGUGAACCAGUGAUGUACAAUUGCAAAGUAAAGGUGGGAGAAGAGAGCUAUACAAGCUAUCCUGAUGAAGAUCGUAUGCCUGCUGUUGCUCUCCAGCGGGCAGCACAGAAUGCUCUCAAAGAGUUGAGGAAGCGGUAUGAACUUGAUGGUGGUCAUGCAUUUCCAACUACUCAAAAUCCUGAAAUUAUUAAAGCACGAGUGUCUGAGUUGGUGGCAUCUCAUACUGCUGGAAUUUGGAGUUUUCAAGUUCCUUUAGAUUACCGCAAUAAAUGGAUGGAAAAUUUGCCCAUUCAAUGGUUGGAUGUUGUUCGCAAUUGUUCUCAAAUUUCUGUGGAUAUUGGUGCUAAUAACCGUAUAAUUUUAAAUAAGCAAGUUAUCAGUCCAGCACCUGAACUUGAUAACAACACAACUAGUUCUGUCUGGCCCCAUGUCCAUUCUAAGGUUGUUCCAGAACCAAUUACAUAUCCUUCUGAGGAGGUUUGGGAUGUUUAUGUAACGUGUGCUCUGACAACUGCUGAUGUCUGGGUCAGGCUUAUUGGAGAAGAUUAUAAUGUGCGAUAUGAAAAUAUGUCUGCAGAUAUGGAAAUUCACUACAUGGACAAUGCUGUACAAGCAGUGAAUCCAGAAGUGGGAAACUAUUAUGCAAUUAAAUUGGAUGAUUGCUGGCAUAGAGUAGAGUUUGUUGAGAUGCAAGGUGGUGAUAAUGCUGUAGUAUUUUUCCUUGAUCAUGGAGAUGAAGAUGCAGUUCCAUUAACAAUGUUACAUGUUUUGGAGCCAAAAUAUGCUAAACUUCCUGCACAGGCUAUACAAGUUGUUCUCUCCGGAUUGGAAGAAUUUGCUGAAGAUUUAAAUGCAACAAACCAUUUAGUGAAUACUGUAAUUGGUAAGACACUUGUUGCUCAGGUUGUCUCCAAACCAACCCCUGAAGAUCCGGAGGCUGUCAUUUCUGUGCUAUUGUAUGAUACCAGCACAGAUGAAGAUGUUGAUAUGAACAGACUUCUAGCAGAACGAAUCAUACAGAAGGACCAAAAAGAAAAGAACAUUGAUGCAUGUGAGGAUGAUGAUGGUUGUGAUAAAAAUGAUGAGAACAAGAAAAUUUUCGGUCUGGCAAGAAGUCUUAACAUUCUCAUCAUCAACCAUUUUCAAAAAUUAUUGAGUAAUAAAAAAGAACAAGAUAUGCACAGAUCGUUAGAAAGAGGAAUCAGAUUGGAAAAGAAGAAGAAUGGUGUUGUAACAGAAGUGUUUGUGUCUCAUGUAAGUGAAGGAGGAGAAAUAUUUUUAAAUAUUAAAUCGGAGAGCUUCAACUAUUUACAAUCUUUGAUGGAAAAAUUGAUGGAAGGUGGAAUAAGUGACAUACAUAUAGCAAGAGCCUCCAAUCAUUCUAGUAAUCCUACAAAACUAUAUUUGGCCAGGUACUCAGUGGAUUGUGAAUACUAUAGAGCUAUUAUUAUCAAUGAACCUGAUGAAAAUAAUUGGGCCAUUAAAGUAUCUCUCCAUAGUGUACCACCAGAAGCUUUUGGUCCUAAGUUUGUCGAGCGUUUUCGAGAACUUGUUAAGGAGGAUGAACCUGUUCUUGUGAAAGUUGUAAAAUCUGGAACUGAAAACAUGUCGUCUGAAGUUGAGAUGUUCAAAAGAACAGAAGACAAGCAGUUCAUAUCAAUAAACAAUACAUUAGCUCUUGACCCUGAAUUAGUGAAGCCCAAGCAGGCUAAUGAGAACCGUCUUCGGAGGAGGCAUAUAUCUCGCGCUCACCCCUUUGAUAUUGGACAAGGUGACCAUCAAAGAGGUUUGGGAGUUCCUCAAAUUCCAGAUGUAGGACAAUAUUUUGAUGUACAUGUUACAAUGGCUGCCAACCCAAGUAAUUUUACUGUGCAGCCGUAUAAAGAACGUAUUAGUUUAGAGGAACUCAUGGGAAAAAUGCAGGAUUAUUAUAAUAAUCACAUUAGAACACCUGUUUCACCUGAUAAUGUUAAAGAAGGUGGUUUGUUUGCUGCUCUUCACAAUGAUGAAAACUGGUACAGGGUUACCGUGUCCAAUGUAAUUGGUGGCAGUACAGUCUCAGUAUAUUUUUGUGAUUUUGGUGAUGUUGCAUUUUUGCCUUUGGACAGGUUGCAACCACUAAGCAAUCAAUUCAAAAGUUUACCUGCUCAAGCCAUUAAAGCUAAAUUAGCAAGAAUUAUGCCAAGCCACGGGGACUGGUCAGUCGAGGACUGUAUUAGAUUCCAGGAACGAGUUGUUGAAAAACAAUUUGUUUCAGUGAUUGUAGAUUCAGGUCCGGACUUGUUGAAUCCUUCUGAUAUUGUCAUUGGAUUACAGUUGUAUGAUACCUCUGGAAAUGUAGAUAUUGAAAUUGAUAGCUUACUAGUUGAUGAAAAGAGAGCGGUCUUUACUCCUGCAGUACAACAACAACUGCAGCAAGUGCAGCAGAUUGGGUAAGAAAGCAAUUGCAACAGUAGUGCAUAACUUUGUAACCGUUUGUUCCUCUGUUGGAUUCGAUGACAGAUCUUGCAAUUCAUUGCCUUUUGAUUUAUGCCACAAUGCUGAGUAGCAUUCAAAGAUUUAAUUUGUUUUGAAAUACUCAGCUAUUCAAGUUUUGUUUUUAAAGCAAGUGCAAGAGUAUAGGAUAUUUUAUGUGCAUGCAGCUUCAGACUUAUAUUCUUGUAUGGGAAAGAUGGUUUUUCUUUCUUGUUAAGCUGCAAAUAGAAUAUUAGUUACCAAUAGAUCUUGCUCAUGUUAACCUGACUUGUUAUAUUGUUAUGGUCAAAGAAAUGUACUCUACAUAAUGUACUUUUAUAAGUUAUGUCAGUAGCAUGAACAGACUAGAAAUGGUGCUCAUUAUAUCAUUUAAUGGUUUCAAUAACUCUUAUAACACUACAUUAAUUUAAGGUUAUUAAAAUCUUUCCAUUAUCUUGCACACAUUAUUUAUGUACUGAAUUCAAAAUCCAAAUGCAAACUUAACAUUAAGGUUUGAAUUUAUAGGCUGUGGACUGAUGAGAAAUAAUAGUGGUCUUUUUUAACCAUGAACUUUGUGUGCCAAUUCUAUAUUAUGUUAGAACAUUAACCAUCUCUGCCUGCCUGCUAUACAAUGAACUGCUCCUUUGUUCCAUUGAUCCUGAUCAGACCCUUAUGAUCUAUUAGAAUAGACUUGUAGUAUCUGAUUGAAUUCCUGAUAAUCUUCAUGUGAAUUUUCAGGGCAGUCUUAAAAUUCUAUUGACGUUUAUUUGCUACUGCCUUGUACUAAUUCAAUAUAUACACAUGAGUAAACUUUUGUUUGUGGCGUGUGUAUAAAACGUUUAUUCUCUUUAUUAACUUGGUUUUCGUAGGGACCAUCUAUUUCACCCCCACCACAAUGUCAGACAUUGUAGAAAGAUACAUAGAUUUAUUGUAUUCUCAUUUGGUGUGUUUCUUUUUACAUUCUUAUGAAAGUUUUAAUAAUUCACUUCCAUUUUUUUCAUCAUAAAUUCUAUUUCAUCUUCAUCAAUGCAACAAGAGUAAAAUGAGUUAUAUCUUUUUUUCCCUCAAUAGAAUACAUUUCCAAGUAUCAUGGAUUAAAACAUGUAGGUUUUACGUCAGCACCAUUUGGUAUGUCAUACAGAUUACUUUUACAGACUGUCAAAAAGUUGAGGGAGUAGAAAAGAGAUUGAAUAGUGGGAAGAGCUAGUCAAUAAAUAGUUUUAUUAUCACUACAUUUUACUUGAAACUGUUGAAAGAGAGAGACCUUUUAAACUAGGGAUUUUCAAUAAUUUUAAUAUUUUCAUAUUUUCUAAAAUGUUUAUUACGUUGCCUUUAUUUUCUAAGUGAAGAAUUUUGAUUUGGAUAUCAGGGUCGAAAGAGUGAUUAUACGGAAUUAGGUGGUUGGCAAAUGUAGAAUUUUCUGAUUUCAGUCUCGAAGAACAUUGACUCUACAUGAAAACUUUCUACCCAUUUCUCGCAUAUAGGCCAAAUUACAAUUGUUACUUUUUAAUAAAUAAAUGCAACUUCUAUCCAUUAAAGGUAUGAGGGAUUUAUUGCUAGAGAGCAAUGGUUUUUGAGGGAUAUUAUGAGUUCUAUAAGCUACAUUUAUGUGAUAUUUGCUAAAAAAAAUUUCUAUCUUUUUAGACAUUGGUUCAAUGUAAGGGAUAUUUAAGAAUUUUUUGCUUUUUUAAAAGGGGAGAUUUUGAGGGAAGACCUUACUUGUUACUAAUUUAAUUUCUUUUUGUUUAAUAAAUUGUUUAAUGACGGAAGGGUUAUAUCCAUUAUUGUGAGCUAUUUGCAAAAUAGUAUUAACUUCUUCAGUAAAAUAUGAUUCUGACUUUGAAACUUUAAAUAAUCUAUGAAUCCAAAUAAGGAAAACAGCAAAUUUAUCUUCAAAGAUAGGUUGGAAUUAAAGGACAUGAUCAUAUCAGUUUCUGUUGUUUUUUUUUUGUUGUUGUUUUUUUUAAUUUUAAUACUAUAUUUAUUGUUUUGUAGAGAAUUAGUUAAGUCUAGGAACUUAAGUGUGUGGUUCUUUUCUAAUUACAUUUUGAAGGUUAAAUUAGGGUGAAAAGAAUUGAAAUAAUCACAAAAUACGAUCAAUUGUUUGAUCAUACCUGUCCAAAGGCAAAUAAUGUCAUCAACAUACUAGAAAUAAUACUUAAUAUUCUUAAGCAAAGGAGUUAGAACUAUUAAAAAAAUUAUAUUCAAAUUGCUCCAUAUAGAUUUCAGCAAAUAAUGUAGACAUGUUAGAACCCAUAAUUAGUUCUUCAGUUUGUUUAUAAAUUUUGUUGUUAAAUUUGAAAUAAUUAUGUUCAAUGUAUAAAUAUUCUAUGUAUGUUCAAUGUAUGUCUAAUAAUUUGAUUAAAUCUAUUUUUACAUAGUAAAAGGAUUUAGAAUUCAUAAUGUGUUAUAUAUAAAUAUCUUGAACUUAAGACGAUGAUAUGUUGGUGAAUAAGUUGUGGUGGACAUUAUAGUAAUCUCAACAUUUGAAUUGAAAGAAGUAGGGUAUUUAUGUCAAUAUAGUUUAUAUAAUUCAUUAUAUCUUGUGUAUUAUCUUUAUCAGAUUUAAUAAUUAAAGUAUUGGAUUUCACUUUCUCUAUUACUUUGAGUAUAGAUUUGUUACUAUAUUAAGUAGAAUUAUUUUGAUAGGUCUGUUGAUUUCAUCAAAAAGAAUUUUAGAGCAAUCAAUAACUACUGAAUUGAGAAUAUUGCUAUUUAUUUUGCUUCAUAAAGGGGCAUAUUUUAGGCCUUUAAAAAGUGUUUUGCAAGUUUCUAAGAAAAGAAGAUUUCGUAUUUUCCAUUCAAAAUGGAGAAAUGCAAGAGGCUAAAAUAAUUUUGUGAAAUAGAUAUGAAAAACAAACAACUUGGAAGCUAGUGUGAUCCUAAUUGAAUACCAUUUAAUAUUUUCAUGUUUAAUCCAUGGUACCUGGGCUAUAUUUAAAGCUGUUCUUGGCAGAGGUUCAGGCUUCAGGUUUACAUAGCUGGGCAAGAUUUUGUAGUAAUAUGCAAGUUUGGUUAAACUGUAUGUUACAGUUUUGCUGCAUUUGCUCGAUCUGCGUUUUGAAUAAAUUCUGUGGUGGCAGCAGAAAUAUUGUGGUUAUCCGUGAUAGACAUCUUUAUUUCUUUUUUUCUUCUUCUUUUUUUU